AUGCCUCGCUCUGAGUCUGCCGAACAACUGCCUGCCCCUUCUCGACGAACCAUGGAGCGAGCGCCAGUCACUGUUUCGCCGUUCCGGUCUGUUCGACAAAUGAAAGAACCUUUCCAACUAAAGCUUCCUCAUUCACCGUCUUUUGAAAACAAUUCUGUCAAUACUAUACCCGGCAGGGAAUUUAAGGAAGGUAAAGGACAAUCAAGACGUCUUCAAUCACCAAUCGGUCUGCGACCCCUGCGUACGUGUAGGUCAGACCAGAACUUGGUUGCCGGUGCGCUGGAAACAUUUGGACUCCUCCCCAGCCCUACUCUGUCCGACUCUCGAGUCACAGCAAAGUUCAGCGCUCCAAGAAAGGAGUCUACGUUCCAGAAAUCCAAAGAAAUUCCUAUCACCAAAUGCCUCUGCUCUGCGCCGGAUCAAAGAUGUGAAACUUGUCUCCUCAAGGCGUACGAAUCUGCAGGAGAAGUGAACCCUUCCGUGGAUACAGAUGCAGAGUACAUUCAUUGUACGGAAGUACCUGAGGAACAUCCGAAGCAGACGAUUGCGCAAAGUUUUUCUUCUCAGGAGCUUCGAAAUCCAACGUCCACCCCACAAAUGCAGCAGCUCAAUGAGGUCAAAUCUCCACCGACAUCCUCAGCUAAGAAUCACAAACGGUCCAGAACAACCACGGUCUCCAGUGCGGCUAGUUGGGUUCCUGAAAACUUGACAUACUGCGAGGACUGGCUUCAAAGGGUUCCAUUGGAGACGCCGGAACGUCAAGAUGGAAGGUCUCGGGAGGCUAACCGACGAAAGUUUCAAAUAGUUCAGCAAACUGACGAUGCGCUAUCACUUAGCCGGUCUAGUCAUCAGAUGCGAAAGCCUGCUGAUCUAAACAUUGACACAAAUGCGGCGAAUAACCCGGUUAUGCUUGCUGUAGCUAGCAAGACAAAGCCUAAGCUCGUUGAUAUUUCUCGGCCUUCCUCAUCAGGCACCACAUUUUCUUUGCCCAUCAAUCCACCGCCGUCUUGGAGACGACCGACGACGCCAGACCGACGAAGUGUCAAUGAAAUAUCUGCUUUCAGCCCAGACACUCCUCAAGACAUCCCUGAUAGCGGUUAUGUCACGCAGCAAUCCAAUCGAUCAUCAGAUGAAAGCCAUGAAUUUCGAGACGAGGAAUUUGGAGACCCUGGAUUUGACAUGGCAGCAACAACAGCCUCGUCGGAGCCGCCGUGCAACAUAUCCUUUGUCACAAGUAUCUUCACUGAUCAGAAGCCUAAGCACCGGUAUUACAUGUCAACCUAUAACAGGACCAAACCAGUGUCGAACAGCAGAAGAGAUGAGCCUCCACGCACACCUCCACCUGUGUCGCCGAAGACUGUCGACCAGGAGACGUUGGCGAAGUGGUGGGAUUAUGAAUGGGCGCUUGACCAACUAGAGGAUUCGAUCAAGGAGUACCCCAAAAACGCGCUUCGUCUUACUUCGCCUGUCAUUAUUUUGAUUAGACAAAACCAUGAAAGAGCCCUAAUUCGACCGUUCAAGAAGAUAUUCUCAGACGCACACGAUAGCUUAAUUGGCUAUCUUUGUGCAGCUUUGAUUGCCAAAAACUAUCUUGUCUCGAUGGCAUCGUCAAAUCACCGACUCAGCCACUCAUUGAUGGCACCAUCUUAUUCCAUGACUCAAUUUCCGUUCAUUAGUAAUCAUAACAGCAUUUACAAUACCAACAGCAAUCUAUCGAAGCUGGACAGCGUUCCUGAAAAGGCAAGGGCGACGCUUGGGAUUGCAUUACCGACCAAUCCAGGCAACAGCAGAAUGAAUAUUCCUAGCCAGUCAAUGAAUGCUCGAAGCUUGGAGCUUCAAAAGGGUCUUGAUCGGAUAGUCGAUAAGUUACUAUUCACAAUCUGUGGACGACAAGAUGAGACCUUGAAAGCGGCUGUGACUGUGUUGACGCAGGUUCUCGAACCAAACGCUUGA